AUGCGGUUUUAUACUCAAACCAGCGCACCUUAUGCACCUAUGCGAAACAGUCACAACACCUUAUCUCACAGUGCAACGAGCCCGAGCCCAAACUACUCGACCGUACCAGCACCAGCAUUAAAUCAGCAAUCAAAUGAAAUAGUCUCGGGCUACUAUCUUCUUAAUCAUCACCUAGCUAGUGAUGAUUAUAAUUCCACUCCUUACAACCUACAUCCUGACCAAGAUCAACUCUAUCCUUCAUUCAAGAUGUCGAACCCAUCGUUGACCGGCGAUGCGUGGCAGAGCGCCGAUGCGCAACCUCAUUCUUCGACAAUUGCAACACAUCCUAGAGAUAAUCUACCUACCUGGAAAUGGAGAGCAUUACUUGUCGCGAACUGCUACGAUGUUAGCAAUGUCGCCAACAUCCAAGCCGCAAUCUACAAGGCCUUCGGGCACAUCGAGCUGCUAUCCUGGGUCGCACUCGGCUACUCGGCUUGUAAUAUCGCAUUGAUACCUCUAGGUCGCAAGCUAUUCAAAUUCGGUGACUUCAAGUUGCUGUAUCUAGUGUCUAUGGUAUUUAUCAUCGCAGGUUCGGCGCUCUCCGGAGCUGCCCCGGAUAUAGAGUGCAUUAUUGCCGGUCGCGCGGUGAUGGCUUUGGGGACAAGUAUCAUAUAUCAAGGAAUAUUGAGUUUCAACGUCAUUUUCUCCUAUCCUCAUGAACUCGGCCUUGUACAAGGGCUCAUUGGGGCUUGCUUCGCCAUAGGUCUAAUUUUGGGGCCGAUUGUAGGGGGCGCUUUUGCGAACAACGAACAUACUACUUGGCGAUGGGCAUUCUACUUGGUAAUCCCACUAUGCGUCAUCAGCCUAGUCCUCCAAGCACUCUUCUGCCCACGGUAUCGCAUGCCCACCGAUAAAUCCAUAUGGACACACAUCAAAGAAGUCGACUGGAUAGGCAACUUCCUACACAUGGCCGUAUGUCUCCUCUUCGCAAUCGGCUGCACAUUCCUCGGCUCCAUCGAGGUGUGGGGUAUCAACGCCUCCAUAACCGUCUGGGUACUCUUCACCUUCGUCACGCUCGCAUACGCCCUUCAACAAUCCUACACCAUCGGCACAACAUCCGAAAACCGUCUCCUAUCUCCAUGCUCGCUCUUAAGCGAUCGCACCGCACUUCUGACCUGGAUAUGCACAUUCUGCGCCGCCGCAUCUUACGGUGUGACGUUGUACUACAUACCAAUCUACUUUGCCUUCAACCGGGGUCUCAACCCCCUCGCCGCCGCAACACGCCUCCUACCCUUCAUCGGAGUAUUCAUAUUCUUCAUAAUCCUAAGCGGGGGCCUCCUCCCCGCUCUACGUUACUACCAACCCUUUUUCCUCAUCGGCUCUAUAUUCCUGCUAAUCGGCGGCGGUCUCCUCCAAGCCCUCAACCCAUCAAUACCCGAAUCCGCAAUCAUGGGUUUCGAAGCCGUCGUCGCCGCCGGUCUCGGCAUCCUCUGGCAACUCGGCGUCAGCGUAUGCAGCACCUUCCUCCCACGCACCGAGGACCGUUUAGACUUAGCUUUACUAAGCAACAUGGCACAACUCGGCGGUAUCGCAACAUCCCUCUCCAUCGCCGGUAUGAUAUACCAAAGCACGGGUUUCACAUCCCUUAAAUCCACCAUCGGAAACCGAGGGUUCUCCGAAAAUGACAUCCACGAACUACUCUCCGGCGUCGAUUCCCCGAUCCUAACCCACGGCGAUCGCGAGAUUUUACGUCUAGCUGUAAGCGCGAUAACCGACGCCAUCAGAUCAUGCUUUAUAACUAUUAUCGCGGCGGGCGCUAUAUCACUCCUAGCUGUUUUGAGUAUGAAGUGGGAAGCACUAACUUUCAAGAGGCCGAAUGGAAAUGGUCAGGAUCAACACCAAGAAUUUGAUAACGAGCUUCUACUUGAUGAUUUGAUUAUGCAAGGAGAAGCUGCUUCGAGGCAGACUACUCAUCAAGCUAAGGAUUCUACGCGCACUUAG